UGGCCCCGGGAGCUGCUCGCUUCUUCCCUCGCUCGCUGCCAGUGCCGGCAGCAAGCUAUGUCCGGGAGCCGAGCCCUCGGACCCGGGGACCGGUCGCGGGCGUAGGAAGCAGCAGCCGCAGCAGCAACCGCCGCCGCCGCCGCCGCCGCCAAGUAGUUGUCAAUGGCCCUUCGCAUAGCGGAGCAGGACCGCACAAGGGGACCCUCCGCGCCUUCUCUGCCGCUGCCUACCCCCACCCGAGAGUGAUGGGCAACACCGCUCACAAGACCCUGCCAGACACAAGUCACCAGGCUCGCUUGUUAUCCAAUCGGCCUUGCUACACACUGCCCACCAGUAGCCAUGAUCGACGCUCUGUCCUGGCGAUUACUGACCCCCCGCGUUUCCACCCCCAGGCCAAAGGCAAGAAUGUACGCCUGGAUUCCCACUCCCGCAAGGCCACUCGAAGGAACAGUUUCUGCAAUGGGGUCACAUUCACCAACCGACCCAUCCACCUUUAUGAGAAAGUCCGACUUAAGCUGGUGGCAGUACACCACGGAUGGAGUGGGGCGCUGCGUUUUGGCUUCACCAUCCAUGACCCAUCCCAGAUGAAUUCUGAUGACAUACCAAAGUAUGCCUGCCCAGACCUGGUGACCAGGCCAGGCUACUGGGCCAAGGCUUUGCCGGAGAGAUUUGCACUGAGGGACAAUGUUCUCGCCUACUGGGUCGACCGUCACGGGAGAGUAUUUUAUAGCAUCAAUGAUGAGGACCCAAUACUGUUUCACUGUGGCAUUAAAGUCUCUGGACCCCUUUGGGCCCUCAUAGAUGUUUAUGGAAUUACCCAUGAAGUACAGAUUCUAGACAGCAUGUUUGCCGAGACCAUGGCCUCCUCUCGUCUCAGUAAUACUCGGUUCAGCACUUGCAUCCCGCAAAGUAACCACGACUCAGCCAACUUCAACAACAAUGAACUGGAGAACAACCAGGUAGUAGCCAAAAUCAGCAACUUAAACCUGAGCCGGGUCCCAGGAGUGUCCACAGACAACCACGUUAUACCCUGUUGUCCCAACAGGCGUUCUCGGGGUCAUGGAGUACCAGCCUUUUUAGACACAGACCUCCACUUCCACCCCACCCGGGGGCCCGACGUCACCUUCUCUCAGGACCGGAUGGCAGCCUGCACCAACUGGCAGGAGAGCAAUAGGACUUUGGUGUUUUCGGACCGGCCUUUACACAUCGGCGAGAGCCUCUUUGUUGAAGUUGGACACCUGGGGCUACCCUAUUAUGGGGCCCUCUCCUUUGGCAUCACUUCCUGUGACCCAGGGACACUAAGGACCAAUGAGCUCCCAGCUGAUCCUGACUCACUAUUAGACCGAAAGGAGUACUGGGUGGUCUACCGAGCAUUCCCCAUCCUCAACAGUGGCGACGUCCUCAAUUUCAUGGUAUUGCCAAAUGGGGAAGUGCACCAUGGCGUGAAUGGCAACAACCGAGGAAUGCUGAUGUGUGUGGAUACCUCACAGUCUCUCUGGGUGUUUUUUACAAUUCACGGAGUAAUCAAUCAGCUCAAGAUUUUGGGCACCUUGCAGUCUAGCCCAGUGACUGCUUCUCCCUCAGGAUCCCCCAAUGGCUCGCAGUAUGACAGUGACUCAGACAUGGCCUUCAGUGUGAACAGGUCUUCUUCAGCUUCUGAGUCUUCACUAGUGACUGCUCCAAGCUCCCCUCUGAGCCCCCCCACAUCACCUGCAUUCUCCCCUCCAGAGCCUCCGAGCAACAAGAAUGGCGAGUGCACCAUCUGCUUUGACAGUGAGGUAGACAUGGUUAUCUACACCUGCGGCCACAUGUGCCUCUGCCACACCUGUGGUCUUAAACUGCGGAAGCAGCCUAAUGCCUGCUGCCCAAUCUGCCGGCGCACCAUCAAGGAUGUCAUUAAGAUCUACCGGCCUUAGCCCUUCCAUCACACCCCAAGUCCACCAUUGCUCAAGUGGGCAAAGGGGCUUUGCUAAACAAAACCGGAACCAUGCCUUGCCACUCUCCACCAGUGGCUGGUCCCUGGUUAUGCCAAGAGGUUUCCCCAUCUCUUCUUAAGCAUUUUCAAUGGUAGGAAAAGUCAGGGAUUUGGCCUAGCUUGGCAGAGGGUCUGAGGGAGGAAAGGUAGCUGCUUUUGGUGAGAUAGUACUUUUCCUAAAGAUCCCAUACUAUAGAUGAUCACAGGCAUUGUCAUGUGUAAUCACUGUAGCAUAUAUACUUGCUCUCUCUAAGGCCCAGAUUUGCCCAGAUAAGAAAAUGGCAACCUCUGUGCAAUGCUUCUUGGGAAUGGUCCAUCGAGUGUGUGUGCAUACAGGAGGUUGAGAGAAAAAGGAGAGCAAAGAAAAAAGGGAGAAGAGUUGGGAAUGGCAAAGGGAGGAAAACAAGAAAGAAUGAGAGAAUAUAAGAAAGAAAGAAUGUGAGAGAGAAUGAGAGAGUGAAUGUGUAUGAAUUCUGAGCUAUUGAAGGUAUGAGCUCCCAGUUCUACUGGGCCCUCCCCUGCCACCCUCCCAAGCUCUCUCCAGAGACCCUGAGUCAGGAGCUCCUCAAAGAACAUCCAAGAAAUUGAAGACCAACUACAAGCAAGUACUCUCAUCCAUUUCCAUGUUCUUUUCCUCCUCAGAAGCUGUCGGAUGAGUGACUAUUGAACAUUUUCAGUUUUUGCCCAGCCAGAAAUAUGACUUGGGUAAUAAUAUUUGAGAAAGAAACUCAGAUCAUCAAUGCACUGUUUACAGCCCCAGAGGUGAACAUCUGUAUCUGGGUGCUUAGUUUAAAAAAAAAACAAAUGAGCGACUUGUCGUUGGGUUUUGAUUUUUGGUUUUGUUUUUUUUUUUUAACUCCAUCUUUUGAGAGUGAUUUUACUAGUCCCAGUGUGCAGAAGAGCUAGGGCUCUGACCUCUCUCAAAAGAUGCGUUACCCUUGAGCCUGCUCUGCAGAGUGGAAUUUUAUGCACCAUGCACCAUGCACCUUCCCCUUUCCCCCCAGUCUCCAAAUGCUUUUAAGAAUAUUAUCUUUGGGGCAGCUAGGUGGUGCAGUGACUAAAGCACCAGCCCCUGGAUUCAGGAGGACCUGAGUUCAAAUCUGGCCUCAGACACUUGACGCUUACUAGCUGUGUGACCCUGGGCAAGUCACUUAACCCUUAUGGCCCGCAAAAAACAAACAAACAAACAAAAAGAGAAUAUUAUCUUCUUUAUAUUUACAAUUAGGAGCCCCCACCCCAUCACAUAGUUCCCUUUCCAUAAAGAAGAAACUGAAAUAUAGGGACAAGGGCCUGCUUGGAGGUCAUUCGCUAACUUAGCUAGAAUCCCUUACAUUCUUCAGUCGGCUACUUCAACCACUUGCCAUGGGGUUGGCAAUCUGGGGCACACAAGGUGAUGUUCAGCAGUAGGGCCAGGGUCCGUCCAACCGAGGAUAAAUUUAGAAGCAGGAAGAGUUUGUUUUUAUUGGCUUCCCAUUAACUUCCCUGCUGGGCCUCCAUGCUACCUAGCUCCUCAAUCCUAGUCAUGUUGUCAGUUAACUGUCAACUAAUCUCUAGUGGAUUGUCAGCCCAUAAGGUGUUAACUGAUAAUUAUGGCAUCAGCUGACAAUCUUGAAGUGGGACCCUCUUCUUUGCAUUUUUUAAGGAGGAUUGUUUAAGAUUAGCUGGCCCUCCUUGAGGAACAGAGCCUAGCUUCAAAAUUUUUCUUUUCUUCACCAUCCUAUUCCUGCUACCAGAGCCUGAGCUGUCCCCAGUGGCAUCUUCUCCCACUGCAGCAGAAGCCACGUUGGGUAUAUUAUGGGACCCUCUUUAAGAAGAGUCAUCCACCACCACUAUGACCACCACCCCACCCAUGGGAGCAAAUCAAAGAUGUACAUCUGGCAAAGAUAGCUGGCCUCUGUAUCAGUCCAUGCUGCUCUUCCUUUUAAAGGAGAUAAUUCCUCAACAGUACCAGGAGUUAGGAAAUUGAGGACUAUUGCAUGAGGGCCAGCGAGAAGCUAGCCUGGGAUUCAGAAGAUGCCCCCUUUCCACCCCAAGUCUCAUUUCUGCUUCUAAAUCAUUGUGGAGACUUUAGGCAAGUCACAUCAUUUGUGCCUAGUUUUCUCAUCUGUCAAAUGGAGAUAAUAAUGCCUUCUCUACCUACCUUGCAAGGGCUGUCAUGAUAAUCAACUUAAAUAUGGAUGUGACAGCACAUUACGAAGGUCAAAAAUAUUAGAGAGAUGUAUAAGGGAUGUUUAUUUUUAGACAAAAUCUCAGUCAACUCACCUUUUCCAAAGGGAAGACAGGUACAGGUGAAAGAGGAAGUUAUAGCCAAUUAGACCAUUGUUCUUGUGUUCUAGGUAGGGUGUAAGGGAGAGAGAUCUUCAAUUAAAACCUUACUUGGUAUUAGAACUUCUAUAAGUUCUUUCUUUUUCCUAACUCAUUCAGAGACCAGGCACUGACAGGUCCCCAAUAGCAGCAGUAAGGCUUGGCUCCAGAGUCAACAUGAGGCAGUGAUGGCCACGGGCUGUCAAGCAGAGAGGUUGUGAGUGAAAAACAAUUCUGUCAAGUUGAAUUAAAAUGAGGUGUAAAAAGAAAUGGCCGGGAGAUCCAAAAGGUUCUCAUGAAGCCUUUUUAUUGAUACUGUUUUAGAAGAGCUACAUCCCCAAUCUUGCUGAGACCAGAAGACAACACAGAUGAUGCCUUCCACCCCUUUAUUUAAAAGCAUUGUUGGGACUAUGUUUGCCCAGAGGCAGGGUUGCAUAGUGGCUAGAGAGUUUGGCAUGGAGUCAGGAAGACCUGGGAUCAAUCCCCACCUCUGACACAGUCUCCCUGUGUCAAAUUACUUAACCUCUCAGUUGCCCCCAGCCAACUGGACCUUGUGACUCUCCUGGAAAGAGUAAAUGAUGCCCAACCUAGUUUCCCUGUUGCAUAUGUGUGUCUGUACACUGAUUCUUUGAAAAGUAGUAAACCAAUGUAUGGUAUAGAGAAUCCUUCUUUCUGACCAAAAUAUUGGAUUUACCAGAACAAUCCAUUCCCCAGGAGUGUCAGAUAACAGAGAACUUAACUGAAUAUGUCUAAAAAUAGACCACAAACCCAGAAGACACUGACUUUGAUUUACAAAGAGGAAAUAGGUGGUGCAGUGGAUACAGCACUGGCCCUGGAUUCAGGAGGACCUGAGUUCACAUCCAACCUCAGACACUUGACACUAGCUGUGUGACCCUAGGCAAGUCACUUAACCCUCAUUGCCCUUAAAAAAAAAGGAAAUAGCUGGCUAUAACCCCACUGUUUUCCUUCUUAUAUUCUUCAUGCAAGCCUUUAUUAGUACAUAUUGUCCUCUAACAGCCUCAGUUUCCACAACUAUACUAUGAGGGAGUUAGACUAAAGGUCUCUGGUUCUGGCAGAGGGGCCAUCGGGCCUCAGAUGUGUCAGGAACAUAGAUGCGUGCAGUACAUUUCAUUAAGCUGGAUUCGAUUUUUAAUUUUUUUAAAGGCCAUCAUUUAAAUCAGGGAAACAGAAAUUUAAUGAAACUAUUUUUCCUCCCAAAUAACAGCAAAACCCCACUUUUUAAAUGAGAGACAAAUACCAGGGUUGUUUGUAUUUGGGGUUUUGUUUUGGGUUUUUUGAUACUAUGGUGUGCCUGAGCACACUCGGCCUCCAUUCAGGAGGACAGAAGUUGGACGUCUUUCUUCCUCUAGUCCCCCUUCCUUCCGACCCUUAUUUUGGUCCUUGUUGCAGCUCAGUAGCAUUAGCGCCACUUUGAUCCUUAAGUGAAGAGAUUUGGAAACUAUUAACGGGCGGCCCAGGCCUCCCAAGAGCAUCACAGGCACUGCUCCCGAUGACCUGCUAUGUGAGGAGAAAAUGAGACAAUGGCCUGUUUUAACCUGCCGAGUCAUUGCCAGAAAUAGCAUCACCAUAGAAGAGGAAUUGGGGGCUGGGGUGUUGGGGUUUGGUUGUGGUUUCUUCUUAAGCCAGGCAUUGUUCAGUGCCCAAAGCGUUUCCUUUUUUUCUAAAUUAACCACUAAAGCUCAUUCAAUCUCCCCACGUGAUGGCCGCAGUGGAUAUUUUCCCUCUAGGGUGCUGCCUGGUAUUUCUCUUGCUUCUUUGUAAUGCCCAACAUAGUCCUCUUGGCCCAGAGCAAACAGUAUGUGGUAUACUGCUGUCCACAGGCUCUGCUUUAAAAGGAAAGGAAAAAUCUUUAGACAUGACAUUCUUUUCAACCAGGAACGGAAAAGUCAAAAGAUUUCGGCAUUCAGGAGGAGCACGGGCCCAAAGUCUUAUUAUAGAAUUUUAUGCAGUGAGGAACCGGCAGCAUAUGGGAAUGAAAAAAACUCUAGACCCAGAGUUAAAGAGGCUGUGUUUUAAUUCCGUCUCUGCCACUCGCUAUCUAUGGAGCUGGGUGACCUUGUUUCUUCAGUUUCCACAGCUAGACUAUGAGGGAGUCAGACUAAGGUCCAGUGGUUCUAAGGUUGUCACUUUUUCCUUGUCCUUCCAGAAAUGUCAAAGAUCCUCCAUUAAGCUGUCGAAGGAUGGGACUUGGGCUGUGCCUUAACCUUGCUAAUGUGUUUCCUCAUGCAUCAGUGAACUGUGUCCAAUUUUGACAUGAUUAGGGGAGAGAAAAGGAUUUGGAGUUCAAAAGACCAGAGGGCCUGCGCUUGAAUUUCAAAUCUGCCACCUGCUUGACCUUGAGCAAGUAGUUUAAUAAUUAAUAAUAAGUGAUAUUUACAUAACACUAAUUCCCAAAGCACUUUACAUAUGUUAUCUGAUCUGAGCCUCAAAACAGCCCUGUAAGUUAGGUACUAGAGAUAUUAUUCUCAUUUUCCAGAAAGAUCAAACUUAGACUCAGAAGUUAAGUGACUUACCAGUGCAGGGUCAGAAGAAGCAUUCAAACCCAUAUUUUUCUGACUCUUAAGUCCAGUACUAUAACCACUAUGGCACACUGCCUCUCAUCCUCCAUAGGCCCAAGUUUCCUUAUCUGUGAAAUAAGAAGAUUGGACUGCAUGACCUCCAAAGUCCCUUCUAGUUCUCAAUCUUCUGCUCCUAAAGUAACUAGAAACAAGGUCAAUUAAAUGAAUUCUUAAGUCAGUACUGGGGUGCCUUUGUUUUGGGAUUUCAUGGGUGGUUUAGAUUGGGCCUAGUGAAUGAAUCUAGAAUUUCUCACAGAAUGUUUGCCCCUAGAAUUUAUUUGGGAAUUCCUCUUUUAAGCUCUUCUGAAUGAAUUUCCAACCCUGAGAGCCAAUCUCAACUCUCCUGAGUAGAAUCUACCACUGUUAAAGCUUCAUUCUUUUACCUCACUGCUGAUUGGUGGAUAGAGUCAGGAUUGAUACAUGUAUGCACGUGAUACUGAUGGCCCUGUACACCCCAGAGACCAAACAGGUGGUAGAGCUGGUCUCACAAGAUUGCAGCCAGUUCCAUCACUGAAAAAAAAGAAACAAUGGAUCUUUGCAAAAGUCUAAGUGAAGGAAUAUAGAGGUGAAGCCGGGCAAAGGAUGUUGCAAGGGCUAGACAACUUGCUUUUCACUUUGCUGAACAUUUCUAGAGAAAUUCUGGCUCCCGCAUCCCAGAAUCUGACUUGACACUAUCCAUUGAAUUUGGCUGCUAAGCCAGUAGGACAUUAUUGAAAGAGUUGGGGGGGGGGCAGCUAGGUGGCGCAGUGGAUAGAGCACCGGCCCUGGAGUCAGGAGUACCUGAAUUCAAAUCCGGCCUCAGACACUUAACAAUUACUAGCUGUGUG